AUGGAUCCCAACGCUACCGGCUAUCCUGCUCUGCAGCAACAACAGCAGCACAACGCGGGAUAUCCUGUCACCACACAGAGUCCACACGGACAGCAGUUCCCUUUCUAUCCGAAUGCUAUGCCCACCUCCUCAUUUCCCCAAUCCAAGACGCCGGUCCAACAACCGCAUCAGCAGCAUUCUUUCGGUCCCGUGCCUCUGCAAUCUGGCGGUCCCGGUGGAGCUAUGAUGCCGUCUGGUUUCCCUCAGCAGCCGUCUGGUCCCCACGGGAAUUUCUCUGCUGCUUUCACCCAACCUCCUGUUCCAGCCACUCUUAGCCAGUUCGUACCGCAUCAGGGUGCUCCCUCUUCGAACAUGUCCCCGAGUGCGGCGCAAAACUUCACGCAAAACAUGGCUUCGGUCUCUGCGAAUAGCAUGCUUCCGGCACAACAGCAACAACAGCAGCAGCCGCAGCAACAGCAGCAACAGCAACAACGCCCUGCCCAGCAGCCAAAUCAACAGCAAGGAUCCGUUCCGACAGCAGGGCAGAGUCCGGCUGCGGCAGCGCGAGAGAAGGCUCGUGUGUCAACCCUCCUGGAUAUCAACUCCAUCUUGUUGCAAGAGGUCAUCAAUCUGCAGGCGGCGGGUAAGGCUGGCGGGCCUCCGAAUCAACAAGCAUCGCAAGACAACAAUCCAUCACCAACUUCCGACCAGGCGACCGACGCGGCCAAGGGUCCGACGCAAAAGCCCAGUCUCGAGUAUGUUGAGUGUAUGCGCCGUCUCCAGGCCAAUUUGGCGUAUCUGGCGACUAUUGCCGAUCGGGCGAAGAAGUCGGGUGGUGUGGCUCCCACCGCCCCGGCCAUCAUGACGCCGCCUCCCAACAUGCCAGCGAUCAACGAGCUCUACAACAAGUUGAAUGAGCUGUUCCGGCCGUCGAAAGGUGCCGUGGGCACACCCCAACCUAGCCCGCAAGGUACGCCUGGCAACACCAAGCCGAGCCCGUCGCCCGCGGCCGAGUCGGCGGUUUGA